UAUACUAUAUAAAACAAAUGGAGUCUUAACUUCUGAGACAAGAAAUGUAGCAAAAAGAGCGAGAUGCGCAGAUAAAUAAUUCUCUGAAGUCCGAUGCCCCUAAAGGCAUCAAUGGGUACGUCCCAUGUAUGACCGAAUGGCGCCUUGAUGUUUCAAUUCCGUGAUACCUUAGCUAUCAGUAUUGUAAACUGAGAAGAAACUACCAUAGAGGGGAGAUACAUGUAGUUUCAUACUUGCUAUAUCUUCUAAAUGGCGGUGAUUUACAGUUUAUACCUUGAGGCUUUUAGGCUUUGAGGACACACGUCAACAUAAAUCGGAUGUGCCCAGUAUCAACAGGUUUGUAGGCUUGGUGUGGCUGCAUUGCGCAUGCGCAUGACUGAGCUCUUUUCGGAAGGAAAAUCGGUAUUUACCAAGGGGUCCAGAUAAAAGAAAAGACAAGGAUAAAAGAAACAUGUCCGGAUUCUUGGAUGGGAUCCGCUGCGGGGACUGUGAAUGCAACGUGGACUGGGGUGAAAGACGGAACACCAUCGCAUCUGUAGGUGCUGGCGUCUUGUUUUUCACAGGUUGGUGGAUCAUAAUUGAUGCAGCUGUAAAGUAUCCAAAUGAGGGGGACUUUCACCAUGCUUAUCACACAUGUGGAGUCAUAGCUACAGUGGCCUUUCUAAUGAUCAAUGCUGUUUCUAAUGGCCAAGUGAGAGGUGACAGUUAUAGUGAUGGUUGCAUAGGACAGACAGGUGCUCGUGUGUGGCUCUUCAUUGGCUUCAUGUUGGCUUUUGGUUCACUCAUUGCCUCCAUGUGGAUUCUGUUUGGAGGAUUUGUAGUGCCCCAAAAGCCUAUUGUCUACCCUGGCAUUGCCAUAUUCUUUCAAAAUGCUUUCAUUUUCUUUGGGGGUUUGGUCUUCAAAUUUGGACGCACAGAAGACCUGUGGCAGUAACAUACGAAAGAUCUGAAUGUUAAGUUGUGUGCGACAUGCUUUAGAUCUAAUUCACAUUUAUUCAGCAUUGCUCUCUCACUGUGUAUUAUUUAUAUUUUCUUCUGUAUGUAAUAUUUUCAGAUGUAGUUGUGUUCCCAAACUGACAUGCCCUGCGUUUAUAUUUGCAUAAAACAUUCAUGCUAUUGAAUACUCUCAUGUGUCUUUGGGGAAAUAUUUUUAUUACAGUGCAAAAUGUAAAAUCAUUAUUUUCUAACAUGUAUGCUAAGUUGAAUUUAUCUCCUAAAAUAACACUAACAUUCUAAAGCAUAUAGGGGCAACAGGGAAUUAAAACAAUGUAAAGAAUUGUUUGUCUACUUUUGACUAGAAUAUCCAUCUAUUCAUUUGUUGUUGUUUUUUUUACUAUAAUAAAUGACAUUACAGGA